UCAUUUCGGUCUCCUGUGUACCGACCAGGGGAAUACUCGCCCGUAUCCCCUCGAGUUUUUGCAUCUCCCAGAAUCGGAGAUUGAUCAGGCAGCCCGACCGCCGUUCUGUCCUGGGGACAUCUGACUACCUUACCUAACGGAACUGGGGGAGUCUCUUCUUUUAGCCGACGGGAUCCUGCGUCGGCCGCAGAUUCAAUUGCGUCUUAUGCCACAUUGACGAUACAGAACGAACUGCAAUCAUGUCUGGAUAUCCCGGUGGUGGCCACCACGAUUAUGAUGAUGGCUAUGGUCAGCGAGGCCAAGGAAACCAGGGCAACAACCAGAACAACAACGGAGCCGAUUCGUACUACCAAGAUAAUGACCAGUACUACUACGACAACAACAACAACAACAACAACAACAACACAAACAACAACAAUGCCUAUGACACUCGCGGAGGACAGCAAGAUGGCUACUAUGAUGAAUCUGGCUACUACAAUGCCGAUCCAAACAAUCCAUACCAGCAGGAUGGCGGAUACUACGAUGGCCAAGAUCAGUACCAGGAUGACUACUACAAUGCCCAGAACAAUAGCAACAAUGGCGGCUACUAUGACCAGGAUUAUAACCAGGGCUACGAUAAUCGAGGCCGCCGUCAUGGAACCGAGGACGAUUCUGAAACUUUCAGCGACUUCACCAUGAGAUCGGACAUGGCCCGAGCUACCGACAUGGACUACUAUGGUCGCGGCGAUGAAAGGUACAACAGCUACGGCGAACCGACGGGUGGUCGAGGCUACCGGCCGCCUUCAUCUCAGAUUUCGUAUGCCGGCAAUCGCUCAUCUGGUGCGUCCACUCCGAAUUACGGAAUGGACUAUGCCAACGCGCUCCCUGCCGGUCAGCGCUCUCGUGAGCCGUAUCCUGCCUGGACUUCGGACGCUCAAAUUCCGCUUUCGAAGGAAGAGGUCGAGGAUAUUUUCCUCGACCUGGCCGCCAAGUUUGGCUUCCAACGCGACAGCAUGCGGAAUAUGUAUGACCACCUGAUGACGCUUCUCGACUCCAGGGCUUCCCGCAUGACGCCGAACCAAGCACUCCUAUCCCUGCACGCGGACUACAUUGGCGGUGACAAUGCGAACUACCGCAAGUGGUAUUUCGCCGCGCAUCUGGAUCUCGACGAUGCUGUUGGGUUCGCCAAUAUGAAAGGGAAAGGUUUCCACCGAAAAUCCAAAAAGAACAAGAAGCAGAAGGAGGCGCAGACGGAAGAUGAGGCACUGGCCGAGCUUGAGAGUGAUAACAGCCUCGAGGCAGCCGAGUACCGCUGGAAGACUCGCAUGAACCGCAUGUCACAGCACGAUCGUGUCCGGCAAAUCGCACUUUAUCUCCUCUGUUGGGGUGAAGCCAACCAGGUCCGAUUCAUGCCAGAGUGUCUGUGCUUCAUCUUCAAGUGCGCCGACGACUACCUCAACUCCCCCGCUUGUCAGAAUCUUGUCGAACCGGUGGAGGAGUUCACUUUCCUGAACAACGUCAUCACGCCACUUUACCGAUACUGCCGAGAUCAAGGGUACGAAAUCCUAGACGGAGUCUACGUGCGUCGUGAACGCGACCACAGCCAGAUCAUCGGCUAUGAUGAUUGCAAUCAAUUGUUCUGGUACCCGGAAGGCAUCGAGCGCAUCGUGCUGGAAGACGGCACCCGGCUGGUCGACCUUUCUCCUGCAGAGCGGUACCUGAAGUUCAGCGAGAUCAAUUGGAAGAAGUGCUUCUUCAAAACGUACAAGGAAUCCCGUUCGUGGUUCCAUCUCCUCGUCAACUUUAACCGCAUCUGGAUCAUCCACAUCACCGUGUUCUGGUUCUACACCGCCUUCAACUCGCCCAGUCUCAUUGUAGGCCCAUCAUACGAACAGCAAGUCAACCAACCUCCCGACCCUGCCCGAUAUUGGUCUAUUGUGGCUCUGGGCGGCAGCAUCGCCUCUUUGAUCCAAAUUCUGGCAACGCUUGCUGAAUGGGCCUAUGUUCCUCGCCGAUGGGCCGGUGCUCAGCACCUAACGAAGCGGCUUCUUUUCCUCAUUCUUAUCUUCGCCAUCAAUGUCGGACCAAGCGUCUACAUCCUCGGCAUUGCCGGGCCAGAAGAGCGUCCCGCUCAUAUUCUCGGCAUUGUUCAGUUUUUCAUUGCGUUGGCGACCUUCCUCUUCUUCGCCGUCAUGCCUUUGGGAGGACUGUUCGGCAGUUACCUCGCGAAUAACUCUCGCAAAUAUGUCGCCAGUCAGACCUUCACCGCCAGCUGGCCUCGUCUUGGUGCGAACGCAAUGGCCAUGUCAUUUGGUCUUUGGGCCAUCAUCUUCGGUGCCAAGUUGGGUGCGUCUUACGCAUACCUAACACUUUCAUUCCGCGACCCCAUUCGAUAUCUCUCCAUCAUGAAGAUCGAGUGUCUGGGCGACAACCUUUUUGGCGACGUCCUGUGCAGGCAGCAACACAACAUUCUGCUGGGGCUGAUGUCCUUUACCGAUCUCAUCUUCUUCUUCCUGGACACCUAUCUCUGGUACGUGCUCAUGAACACCGUCUUCUCAAUCGCACGGUCGUUCUACAUUGGUUCUUCGAUCUGGACCCCUUGGAGGAACAUCUUUUCUCGCUUGCCGAAGCGUAUUUAUUCCAAGGUUCUUGCCACAGGGGACAUGGAAAUUAAGUACAAGCCCAAAGUCCUCAUCUCGCAAGUAUGGAACGCCAUUGUGAUCUCCAUGUAUCGCGAGCAUCUUCUCGCGAUUGAUCACGUUCAGAAGCUGCUCUAUCACCAAGUUCCUUCGGAGCAAGAAGGCAAGCGGACGCUCCGAGCGCCAACAUUCUUCGUCUCUCAAGAGGACCACUCGUUCAACACGGAAUUCUUUCCCGCCAAUAGCGAGGCCGAACGUCGACUUUCUUUCUUCGCCCAGUCGUUAUCAACCCCGAUCCCGGAGCCCCUCCCUGUUGACAACAUGCCAACGUUCUCUGUCCUCAUUCCCCAUUACAGCGAGAAGAUCCUGCUUUCGCUUAGGGAAAUUAUCCGUGAAGAUGAACCGUACUCCCGUGUUACCCUCCUGGAGUAUCUGAAGCAGUUACACCCCCAUGAAUGGGACUGUUUUGUCAAGGAUACCAAGAUCCUGGCAGAUGAGACAUCGCAGUUCAACGGUGACCUUGAGAAGAACGAGAAGGACGCUGCCAAGAGCAAGAUCGAUGAUCUUCCCUUCUAUUGCAUAGGCUUCAAGUCAUCCGCUCCCGAGUACACGUUGCGGACUCGCAUCUGGGCGUCGCUACGCUCGCAGACUCUCUAUCGCACGAUAUCUGGCUUCAUGAACUAUAGCAGAGCCAUCAAGCUACUAUAUCGUGUGGAGAACCCAGAGGUCGUGCAGAUGUUUGGUGGCAACUCGGACAAGCUUGAAAGGGAGUUGGAGCGCAUGGCCCGUCGCAAGUUCAAACUCAUCGUCUCCAUGCAGCGUUACGCCAAGUUCAAGAAGGAAGAGAUGGAGAACGCCGAGUUCCUGUUGAGAGCAUAUCCGGAUUUGCAGAUUGCCUACUUGGACGAGGAACCCCCCUUGGCCGAGGGCGACGAGCCCCGUCUGUACUCGGCGCUUAUUGACGGCCACUCGGAAAUCAUGGGGAACGGCAUGCGGCGGCCCAAGUUCCGGAUUCAGCUGUCUGGCAACCCUGUGCUCGGGGACGGGAAGUCCGACAACCAAAACCACUCGUUGAUUUUCUACCGUGGCGAGUAUAUCCAACUCAUCGACGCCAACCAGGACAACUAUCUUGAGGAGUGCCUCAAGAUUCGAAGUGUACUAGCUGAGUUCGAAGAGAUGAAGACGACCAAUGUCUCGCCGUAUACUCCUGGUGUGAAGGAGAACGCGACCUCCCCGGUUGCUAUUCUGGGAGCACGCGAGUACAUCUUCUCUGAAAAUAUCGGCAUUCUGGGCGAUGUCGCUGCUGGCAAGGAACAGACGUUCGGUACGCUGUUUGCCCGCACGCUUGCUCAGAUUGGCGGUAAGCUGCAUUAUGGACAUCCUGACUUCCUGAACGGCAUUUUCAUGACAACUCGAGGCGGUGUGUCCAAGGCUCAGAAGGGCUUGCAUCUCAACGAGGACAUCUAUGCUGGCAUGACCGCCAUCCUCCGGGGCGGUCGCAUCAAGCAUUGCGAGUACUACCAGUGCGGCAAAGGACGUGACUUGGGUUUCGGGUCCAUUCUCAACUUCACCACCAAGAUUGGCACAGGCAUGGGCGAGCAGAUGCUCUCACGGGAGUAUUACUAUCUCGGCACUCAGCUGCCGCUUGAUCGUUUCCUCUCUUUCUACUAUGCGCACGCUGGCUUCCACUUGAACAACAUCUUCAUCAUGCUCUCGAUUCAGAUGUUCAUGAUCUGCCUGCUCAACCUUGGCGCCCUCACGUACGAGACGCAAGCCUGCGAGUACAACAGACAAGUGCCCAUCACGGACCCUCUCUUUCCUACGAAGUGCCAGAACACGGCGGCGAUUACCGACUGGGUUUUCCGCAGCGUCCUGUCGAUCAUUUUCGUCAUCUUCUUGUCUUGGAUUCCGCUCAUUGUGCAGGAACUAACAGAGCGAGGCUUCUGGCGGGCAAUCAAGCGGCUUGUCAAGCAGAUUCUCUCUCUUUCUCCGUUCUUCGAAGUCUUUGUUUGCCAGAUUUACGCAAAUUCGGUACUACAAGAUCUCUCGUUUGGCGGCGCCAGGUACAUCGGCACGGGUCGUGGUUUCGCCACAGCACGCAUCCCCUUCGGCGUACUCUACUCUCGUUUCGCCGGGCCGUCCAUCUAUUUCGGCGCUCGCCUCUUGAUGAUGCUUCUUUUUGCGACGUUGACGGUGUGGCAAGCGGCGCUUGUGUACUUCUGGAUUACACUCAUGGCGCUCGUCAUCUCCCCCUUCCUUUAUAACCCGCACCAGUUCGCCUGGAAUGAUUUCUUCAUCGACUAUCGAGACUUCCUCCGCUGGCUGUCUCGUGGCAACUCGCGAUCGCACGCUUCGUCCUGGAUUGCCUUCUGCCGCCUCUCACGUACCCGCAUCACCGGCUACAAGCGAAAGGUUCUGGGCGACCCUUCGAGCAAGCUCUCCGGCGAUGUCCCUCGUGCGGCUAUCACAAACCUGUUCUGGGGCGAGAUCGCAACCCCUUUUCUGCUGGUCGCCGUCACUGGCAUCCCAUUCCUCUAUAUCAACGCGCAGACGGGAGUGAAUGAAGACAACAAUCCGGACGUGGACCUCCAAGCCACAGACUCGCUUAUUAGGCUGGGCCUAGUAGCAUUCUUCCCGAUUGUGGUCAACGCCGGUGCGCUCGCCGUCUUCUUCGCCAUGGCUUGUUUCAUGGGACCUCUCCUCAGCAAAUGCUGUAAGAAGUUCGGCAGCGUCUUGGCGGCUAUCGCACACGCCAUCGCUGUGAUCAUGCUCCUCGUCUCGUUUGAGGUUAUGUUCCUACUCGAGGGAUUCAACUUCUCUCGGACGCUUUCUGGCAUGAUUGCUGUCGUCGCAAUCCAACGCUUCAUCUUCAAGCUCAUCAUCUCACUCAGCCUCACUCGUGAGAUGAAGAGCGAUCAGGCCAAUGUCGCCUUCUGGACAGGGAAGUGGUACUCCAUGGGCUGGCAUUCCGUGUCCCAGCCUGCCCGUGAGUAUCUCUGCAAAAUCACGGAAUUGACCAUGUUUGCGGCGGACUUUGUCCUGGGUCACUUCUUGCUGUUCUUCAUGUUGCCGAUCAUAUUGAUUCCCAAGGUCGACAUGGUUCAUUCGAUGAUGCUCUUCUGGCUUCGCCCCAGCCGGCAGAUUCGCCCUCCCAUCUACUCGAUGAAGCAGUCCAAGCUGAGGCGCAAGCGUGUUUUCCGAUACGCGGUGCUCUACUUCCUCAUGUUCAUCGUCUUCGUCGGCCUGAUCGCUGGACCUAUUGUCGUUGGCAGAGAAGGCUUGUUACCUGACAAUCUGGACGAGACGCUCAGUAUCGGAAAUAUUUAUCUGAUGCAACCCACCGGCUUGGAUAACGACAACACGGAGGGUGAAAGGGAGACGGGUAUCGACGCCCCCGACUACUCGGGUGUCCAUACGCCCACGCCGGCGGCAGACGACGCUGCGUAAGCGGAUUCCAGAGACAGGAUUCGUCUCUUUUGAAGACGCUCCGCAACUAAGUGGCCGGGCCAUCAGUGUACGUAACAUAGGAGAGGCUGAGGGCACACUUGACAGUGUUCCGGGUUCUACUUGUCCUCAGGCCUUUCCGUGAUGGACGUUCAUGUCAGGACUUACGCCAUGUGCGUUAAUAUCGCUAGCUGGUUUUCAUGCACUUUGCUCUAUUUUCUUCUUGUUUUCUGGGGUUUGGGAGGCAUUAGAGGUUCAUGACUAUUGAUUCCUAUACAGUACUUAAGUAGUUGGUAGUAUAUUGCGCUAUGCGUCUAUCUUAUCUACCGGCAAAUAUAUUUCGUUCUUUUUU